AUGGUCUUUCAGACUCCGACGAACACGUCCUCACGUGCCUGGCACUCAGAUUUUGCGACGAUUCCAGAAGAAUCGUCAGACGACUCACCACCUGUCUCGCCAAAGACUAUGUCUCCGCCAAGGUUCAGCCUGAACGACCGGGCUGCAUACAACUUACCUGUAUAUGCUACUACUAUUCCCGAGGAGACGCCGGAUACGACCAAUCCAGCCAUAUUGAGCAAGGAUGCUUUCGUGCUACUCAAUAAUAGCUUCAAUGAUGUCGAUAGCAGCAUCAUGGACACGGCUUACGGUACUUCCUCAAAUCUCGCCUUGGUCAUUCCAAAGACAUCAGAGCUGGCCCAAAAGACCUUCGACCCAUUACUUGAAGCAGCCUUUCCUUUUGAUCUACAGCCAAUAUGGAGCAGUGAGUCGCCAAUUCUUGGACAUCGGCAGUCUGAGGCGAGCUCGAUAUAUUCACUGCCAUCGCCCUUGGAGACUUUAUCGCCCACGUCACCUCCUAUUGAGAUACAAAAUCCGGUCAUGCCAUGCUCUCCACGUCCCUCGCAUGUAGAGCUGCCGCAGACUGCACCUUCCUUGGCCAUAGACUUCUCAGAUAUGCCCAAACUGUCACCCUCGCCACGAGGGCCACCUAUGUCAUCUCCAAGACCUCUGCGUGCUUCCAUUGCCGCCUUGAGACGUAUGAACUCCGAUGCAGCAAAUGCGAAGAAGGAGAAAGCCGGGCGAGGAGAACGGCGAUACCUCCGACUAGGUAGAGAAGACAGUGUUGCCCUUCCCGACGACGAGAGCUGGCUCGACGAGAUGGACGACGCGACCAGCAUCGAGCUCGACGAAGCUGAAGGGCGACGCCAAGUCGAGAACGCCCUUGAUGAAUGGGACGAAGGCUGCGCCUCUAUUGAUCUCGACGAAGGAAGUUCACUGCUCUCCACCUCUACAGUAACACCCGACACGGAAAUCUUCUCGACUUCCAUAGAGCAAGAUGACACCACUGCAGGUGCUCAAGAGCGCUCAAGCAAUAUAUGGGAAGACGGCGAAACAUUCUGGGCCUCGUCAACACCACCACGCCCCAGCUCACCCAACAAACAAAGAGACAAACACCAGCCGUGUGCUUCGUCGCCGCUCGUAUCGCCAAUAUAUUCCAUCUCCUCUGUUAAAACGAUCAAGAAUAAGAAACGCGACUUUGAAGUUGCAAAAGACAUUUCCCGCUCUCCCUCGUCUUCUCCGACGCCAAAGGCUAAUCGCAAGAAGCACCGGAAUAGCGGGGACAGGUAUAGGAAGCGAAAUGCGUUGGGCGUGGGGACGCCAAAUGUGAGGAUUCAGGUUACGAGUCCGAGUGGGAGGAUUUUGACGGGAACGUCGGGGAGUUUGUAUGAUUCGCAGGGGUUUUUGAGGUAUUGA